AUGGCGGCAAAUUCAUUUUCACGAGCAGAAGAUCUAGRCCUCGAAGGAAAAGAAGAUUUAGCACCAAUAUCUACAAGAAAUCCUGUGAUAAACGACUCGAGCGAAGUAGAGCAAAGCUCGUCGGAUCAGGAAAUGGAAGAAAUGUCGGAUGAUAAGACAGAUAAUGAAGGGAUAAGUGCGAUGAGAAGGUGUAGGUUGUGGCUUGGUCAGCAGAAGAUUGAUUAUAACACAGAACUGAUCAAAUGUCGAUUACAGCAGACAGAAGACCUGCAAACAUUUUCCAGUGAUGGUGGUGAUGUGUCAGAUCUUUGUGAAAGAAUCACAAAGUUACAAGAGGAWUUGUUUAAUAUUGCAUCAAAUAAGUCUUAUGGAAAGCUUGUUCUUGAACGGUUACUUCAAGGGGAUAUGCUUCUGAAGAUACUUUUUCCAGACAUUCUCACAGAGCAUCCUAAUCAAGAAGAUAUUGAAAAGAUGAAUGAAUUUGCUAGAAUUUGUUGCAAGAAUGACAAUAUCUCCUCCAAAAUCCUCCAAAAUCAUCAGGAACUCACCGAAACACAGCGAAAACUUGACAAAGUAAAGCAACAGAACUAUGAAAUCAAGAAACGUAACCGUGAAUUAAUGGCAAAAUCGCAGAAUCUCAAAGCAAAGAGAGAMGAGACUCCAGAUUCUGCAGCAGAAAGCCAAGCCCUUUUAAGCUCAAAGGAAAAGUACCGCAGCUUAUUAUCAAACCAGCACGACAUAGCAAAUAUAUUCCAGGCCUUGAUUGUUGGUAGCGGUAUUAACUGGGCAGCGGAUGAUGACACAAGAAAGCUUGUUCUAAGUAUUGGAGAAACGAUAAAUGCAAAAUAGAUUACACUSCGUAAGUCUUUUGGGGCUGUUCUUAAUUCUACUGACUUAUAAAUUUAGUGUCCAUAUUUCGCGACAAAUAGAAAGUAGGAAGAAUAAGGAAGUACUACGUCAAAUUUUAAUCACGUGGUGUAAAAAACUUGUCCUCGGUACAAUAUUGGCAUCACGUGGUCGAUUUGAAAUGUACUUGCGGAUAACAUAACAGACGCUACGAAGGCGAUUAAAAAAUCACAAC